AUGAAAAUUUGAAAAAUAAAAUAAGAGGUAGAAUAGAAGGAAAAGAAAAGAAAAGAAAGGAGAAGCAGGAAGUGUGUUGUUCUUGUGUCAUUGUCACAUUAUACUUUGGUAGCCAUUUUUCUGGCCUGCUUACUUUGCUCCCCAAACGAAGAGUACACAACUCUGACACACUUUCUCUCAUGGAUGCAAAAUCCUCCCAAGCUGUUCUUCCCUCUGAGCCAUUGAUGUAUCAGACAUGGUUCUUGAAAGUUUCCAUCCACUGUGAAGGUUGCAGGAGGAAAGUGAAGAAGGUCUUACAGAGCAUAGAUGGUGUUUUCACCACAACGGUUGACCCACAGCAGCAGAAAGUGACGGUCACCGGAAGCGUCGGCGUUGAGACGCUGAUAAGGAAACUGGAGAAAGCCGGAAAACACGCCGAGAUUUGGCCGGAGAAUCUCGCGGCCGGGAAGGGAAAUAACUCCGACAAAGACAAGCAGCAGCAGAAGAAAAAGAAGAAAAACGAACAAGGAGAAGAAUCCGAAGGCAAGAUUAAUCACUCCACCACGACAAAUGCAGUGGCUACCAAUACCACCGCGAACACUAGCAAGAAAAAGACGAACGAAAAAAGUUCUGGGGAGAGGGGCAACGGCGAAAGCAAGAGCAGCGGCGGCGGCGGAGAAAAUCAGUCUGCAGAAUCGGAGAACAAGAGUGGUCAAAGCGAAGGAGUUGGGAAGAAAAAGAAAAAGAAAGAGAUGGAAAAAAGUGAGAGUGAUGGAAGUUCAGCAUGUAACGGUGGAGCUGCGCACAGUGGAUCCUCUGGGCAGGUGAAUCUGAGCCCUACACGUCAGCAAUUCAACCUGUAUCCAGAAACUUACUGUUAUCCCCCACUUGUGUAUCUGGCAACUCACAACAGGUUAUGUCCCAUGGGAACAAUGGGUGGUCCUUCCUACUAUGUUUCACCAUUGCCCUACAUGUGUGCAGGCAUAGACCACGAUCCUUAUCGCCUUCAAUCUACGCCCUUCGUUCCCUUCGAGAUCUUCAGCGACGAGAAUGCAAAUGGCUGUUCUAUCAUGUGAGAACCAAGAUACUACCUUUUUGUUUCUUUCAUGGUCCCAUAUCAGCUCUUGUUUUGCUAUGCUACGCUAUAUGGUAUGCUAGUUUUGUAUUUUUUGAGGGAAAAUCGAUGGAGCUUUGUGCUGUUCUUGGAUU